UUGGCUUGCUUUUCCUGUGUUUUUGGAUCCUUUCCUUUUGUUUGGUUGUGUGAAAUUCCAAGCUUGAAAUAGAUGAAGUAUGCAUUUAUGUUCAAUGUUACUACCCCUAAUUAACGUAUUUCCCAACAGCGCGGCACAUCAAAAUCAGUACCCAAGAAAAACACGUCUUUUUCACGCGUCAAUCGACUGAUAUGGGCCUCCUGGCACCUAUAAACCACCAUGGAGGCACUGAGAUCCCAUGGUGGUGGUGUAUCGCACGCGUCACCCCCCGGAGUGGGCAAUGUGGCCUCCCAGUUCGCGGAAACACAAGACACGCCAGUCACCCCAACGCCAACCUGUUGGCAAUCUGGGAACGUGAUGCAGCCCGUAAUUAAUGAUGGCAGCACAGAGAGUAUGAACAUGGAUGAAAAUGAGGGCCAUGAGCGCUGGCAACCCAAGGGCUCCAGCAGGGCCCGCAGCCGGGCCAGCGAGGCUAGAAGCGGAAUCAGGCAAUGAAAGUCUCUACAAAAGUCAUUGAUGGGCAGGCCAAAGCAUCAAACUUUCCUGCUGGACGUGAGCAAGCAAGCUCAGGCGUUGGUGGAGGCCUUGAAAGCAGCCCAGACACAGCAACAAGAAAUAUAUCAGAUGGUCCAGGAACAGGUACAGGCACACCUGGCGGAAGAGCUAUCCAACUGGAGAGCAGAACAACAGAUUCAUGAAGAAAUCUAUCUUGAGCGGAUUACAAAGAUGGAAUCGCUACAGACAAUACUGCCGGAAAGGACUGGGUUUCUAU